AUGGCCGACUUCCAGGGCGCCCCAAGCAAUGUGACAAGGGAAGCCUGGACGGCCCUACUCCAACCAUUCUACUUUAACGCCUCCUCUUCUGAACUCUCCACCGCCGAUGUCCCUUCACAAACAGCCGUACGCGUCAAGAAUGGAGGCUACCUAGCCAGCCUAGGCGUCUACCACGAAUUACACUGUCUCAAUCAAAUGCGCAACUUCCUCUACCUGCGCACCUCCUCCGCCCUGUCCGCCUCUCAAAUCGACUACUACCACACCCACCUCGACCACUGCAUCGAAGUCCUCCGGCUGUCAAGCAUGUGCAACGCCGAUCUUAGUCUGUACACGUUUACGUGGCCGAAAGAGGAGAAUUUCACGUUCCUGGACGCGCAUUCGAAGACGCCGAGGAAGUGUGUGGAUUGGACUCAGGUGGAGGAAUGGAGUGAUAGAAGGAAAGUGGAAUUGGCGCCUACGGUGAUAAUGCCCGAGGAGUAG